AUGGACGCAGUCGCCGCCGCCACGUCGGCCCCGCUGGCCCACGUGCAGAACAGCCACAUCCGCGAGAUGCACUCGGACGUGCUGUUCCACAUCGGCCUCACCUGCUCGCAGGAGGAGCGCCAGCAGGUGGCCGCCACCUUCGGCGACGUCAAGUUCUUCGUCACGGGCGGCAGCGCCGAGCGCAUGACCAACUUCGCGCACUCCGUGGCCAAGGAGCUGGGCAUCGCCACGCCCUACGGAUACAAGCUGGCCCCGAUCGGCAGCACGUCGCGCUACACGCUGUUCAAGGUGGGCCCCGUGCUCGUGGCCAACCACGGCAUCGGCAUGCCGUCCAUCUCCAUCCUGCUGCACGAGGUCACCAAGCUGCUCGAGUACGCCGGCGCGCACGGCGCCACCUACAUCCGCAUGGGCACGAGCGGCGGCAUCGGCGUCGAGCCGGGCACCGUCGUCAUCACGUCCGAGGGCGUGAACAACAAGAUGGAGUCCGUGGACGAGGUGGCUGUGCUCGGCGCCACUGUGCAGCGUCCGUCGAUCUGCUCGCCCGAGGUGCGCGAGGAGAUCAUCACCGCCGCCAAGGAGGUGGGGCUGCCCUACGCGGUGGGCAAGACGCUCAGCUGCAACGACUUCUACGAGGGCCAGGGCCGCCUGGACGGCGCCAUCUGCGAGUACACGCUCGAGGACAAGAUGGCGUUCCUGCAGAAGCUGGCGGACGCGGGCGUGCGCAACAUCGAGAUGGAGGCGCGCUGCAUGGCCGGCUUCUGCCACAAGCUCCACAUCCCCGUCGCCGUCGUCUGCGUGACCCUGCUGAACCGCCUCAACGGCGACCAGGUGCUCUCGAGCCACGAGACGCUGCAGGGCUUCGAGCAGCGCCCCGCCGCCGUGCUGCUGCACUACAUCAAGAGCAAGAUCAACGCGUCCGCGUAG